AGCCACCAGUGUUAUCGAUAACUCGACGAAAAAUUGGUUGACGAGCGUGUGGCUCAGUUCGUGUACACUUUAUUUUCAAUUGGUGAAAAUUGUUAUAAAACUAACGAGAAAAUAUGUGAAAAUAGGAAAAAGCCCAAUCCAACGCUCGAACUGUGUGUGCACAAUCGAUUUGGUGACGCCCACAACGCGAAAAGCAACUAAAAAGCAUAAAAAUAACAAAGGCGUUAGCGAAGGGACGACGGGCGAAGUCAAAUAGACGCUUCACCGAUGGUUCCAAUGCAGUUGUGUACAUUUAGCCAUUGCAACUAAUUAAUUUGACGCAAGUAAAUGCAAGUAUGAAAUAAAAAAGGCCAACGCAAAGCAAAAGUACAGUGAAAAUUGGUCGAUUGUCGGCGCACGAAGACGAACACGAAUAAGAAGAAGCGAACGAAACAAACGAGAAAGAGAAACGAAACGGCAAUUUCGCUGUAUGUGUGAGAGUGCGCGCGCGUCAGUGUGUGUGUAGGGUGGAAUAUAAACAAAAAAUUAACAAUACAAAAAUCAAGAACAAUUGCUCUACUUGGCGAAAAGUAAAAUGUCACAUUUGCCACUGGAUGCACGGGCCAUUCUACAGUAUCUAAAUGAUUUGGGCUAUAGGAAUAUAUCAGCCGAGCAACUCCGUGAAUUUUUGAAAGACUUGCGGAAGCUUAUCAAAUAUGAGGAACGUCUGGCGGAGAACGCAAAGGAGGGAAAUUUCAGGGGCCUGCAUAAACGCGGCACCGUCAGCUCGCGUGCCAAAUUAAGUGGAGAAAAGGAUAAGGAGAACGCCGCCCCUUUAUGUCCAUGUUCAUCUGCCAAGGAGAAUGAGUCCAAGACUGACCAGGAUGACGACCAGCAGCAGCGUUCAGGUGGCGGUGCUGGUUUUGCGGACUUAGCUCGCCUUUUCAAAGAGAAACUUCUGUUGGAGGCAUCCGUGCCUCCGCCGGCGACUAAGGCUUUACUUCCCGAACAAUCUCAGUCUAACGGAAAAAGACGCAGUCGCAGUAAGACUCGCCAGGAAAAGGAACCCCCAGUGUCCAGUGGCGAAUCGGAAGGUAAUGACCGUCCGAUUCAGCGCCGUCGUCGCAGCAAAUCGCAUCCGCGCAGUGCCGUUCGCCGCCGUGGCAAAUCCAGACAUUGCGAUCCAGUGGCAUUGUUUCAGUACUACCAGAAGGAAUGGGCCCAUUUCCGCAGCCAAAUCCCCGGCGAAAAUGCACACAUGCGCCACAAGCUAAUGGAUCUAAAGAAGUAAAGAUAUAUUACCGAUGCAGCUAUUACUUACUCAAUCCCGUACUUCGACCGAUUCCGCUGUUUGCAGUCAUUAUUCACAUUUAUAAAUCAUUAUUAAAAAACUUCAAAAGUCGAAUAAAAUAGAAAUUCUAAUUUGGUUCUUUA